CAGCACAGCUGCAGAAUAGAUCAAUUCUUACAGCAAACUGUUUUAUCUCUGAGAUCCAAACAUGUCUGGGAUCCUUUCACCUACUUCCAGCAUCAUGGAGGAUGAAAAUCCAGGAGCUGAAAUUAUGCCAGAGCAAAUCCUGAACACUUUGGAUGAAUUAAAUAAGAAAGAGUUGAAAAGAUUCAAGUCGAUCCUACAGCAGCCAACGGACAUACGUAGGCUUCCAACACUCAAGUGGAAAAACCUGAAAAAACGCAAAACAAUUAAGAAGACAAACCUGGAAAAAGCCAAAACAAUUGAGAAGACAAACCUGGAAAAAGCCAAAACAAUUGGGAAGAAAAACCUGGAAAAAGUCAAAUCAAUUGACGUUGCAGACCUGAUGUUGCAGACCUAUACCCAUAAUCGAUGCCUGGAAGUGACCUACCAGAUUCUAAAGAAAAUUAAGAGAAAGGACCUGCGGCAGAAAUUAAUAGAUGCUCAGAAGGAGGAGCUAAAGAGGAUAGAGGCUGAAGUUGAUCAGAUGAUCCACGACACAGGCGUGCAGAUUCGGGAGAUUAAAGAGUCGGUGAAGAUCAGUAAAGAUGCUGCAGACAGAGAGAAAGCAGAAGGUGUUGAGGUCUUCACUGCUCUGAAGGAGUCUGCUGAGAGAGGCCUGAAGGAGCUCAUCAAGGAGAUCGAAGACAAACAGAAAACUGAGGAGAAAAAGACUAAAGACUGGAUCAAAUAUCUGCAACAGGAAAUCCAUGAGCUAUCUGGGACAAACCUGUUCUCCCCAUCCAACCUCCUCCAAAGCUUCCCCUCCCUGAAAGCUGCUCCGCCCACCAAGGACUUGACCGAGGUCAGAGUCCGUCCACCAACAUAUAAGGGGACUGUGGUGAGAGCUGUGGCUCAGCUGGAGAAUAAACUCAGAAAGAGUAUUCAAGAAAUUAUGGAUGCUGAGAUGAAGAGGGUCCAGAAGUUUGCAGUGGAUGUCAGUCUGGAUCCUGAUACAGCUCAUCCUUACCUCAUCCUGUCUGUUGAUGGAAAACAGGUGAAUGUUGGAGAGGUAGAGUAUCAUCUACCCGGAAAUCCAAAGAGAUUUUCUGAGUCUCUGGCUGUUUUAGGACGUCAGAGUUUCUCUUCAGGCAGAUUUUACUUUGAGGUUCAGGUUAAAGGAAAGACUGGCUGGGUUUUAGGAGUGGCCAGUGAGUCCAUCGACAGGAAGGGAGAGAUCAAACUGAGUCCCAAAAAUGGUUACUGGACUGUCAGGUUGAAAAACAGAAAUAACUACAAAGCUUGUGCUGAUCCUCCAGUCCGUCUGCAUCUCCAUCCUGGUCCUGAGAAGGUGGGGGUGUUUGUGGAUUAUGAGGAGGGUCAGGUCUCCUUCUAUGAUGUAGAUGGUCUUAUCUACUCCUUUACUGGCUGCUGCUUCACUGAGAAACUCUACCCAUACUUCAGCCACUAUGAUAAUGUUGGAGGUGAAAACUCUGCUCCUCUGAUCAUCUGUCCUGUUAAUCAGGCUGAUUGUUCCUCUGAUUGUUCCUCUGAUGAAGAAUUAAUCUUUUCGUGAAGAACCUCCAACCUCAGAGUGUCUGGAGGUGAAGUCCUGCUGGUGGAGAGGUGAGCUUGGAAACAUCCUCAGCAGGAAGUUAAUGGUUCAGUUUAUCUUUAUAUCUCUUCUUCCGUAGUUUUUAAAAGGACUAAAAGUGUUUAGAGUGGUCUCUCCUGGUCUCUCCUGGUCUGGUUUUGCUGGGCUUUG